AUGCCAAAUAUGAGCCAUCCUCUUCCUCAUCCUCCUCAGUCGACUUCAUUGCCAUCUACCAUGUUCACUAUCCCCCCUCCAUCUAAUAAUUCAGUUCAGUAUUAUUCUAUGCUUGCUAAAGGUAGUCAAAGUAACACCGUUUUUAACUUUGUACCCACACCUUCUAUACCAUUAUCUUCACCGGUCUUUCAUGGUAGUCAACAUGGUGGCUCACCAGCUGUUGCAUCCUCGAUCUUUUAUGGUAGCCAACAUACUGACUCACCAACUGUUGCACCCCCGGGCUUUCAUAGUAGUCAGCAUACUGGGUCACCAGCUGCUGCACCCCCGAGCUUUCAUGGUAGUCAGCAUACUGGCUCACCAGCUGCUGCACCCCCGGGCUUUCAUGGUAGUCAGCAUACUGGCUCACCAGCUGCUGCACCCCCGAGCUUUCAUGUUAGUCAGCAUACUGGCUCACCAGCUGCUGCACCCCCGAGCUUUCAUUGUAGUCAGCAUGAUGGUACUUCUUUUGUUGCUCCAUCAUCUUCCAGUCCAUCAUUAUCAUGCAUUCCCAGCAUAUCUAGAUUGGAUAUUGGAGGCUCUCGCCCAGCUAUAUCUAGUGCUGCUUUUGCACCAUCUCGUAGACGCAGGCAGAAUCUUGGAGGGGAUGUACAAUUUGAUAGUUAUAAUCGAUUGAUAAUCGUCCCCCGCAAGGAUGGGU